GCUUUCCGCCCACGAAAACGUAAAUUUAUUUGUCUAAAGGAGUGUGUAAGGCGGCUGGCUGCUUGCGGUCUCCUUCCGUCUCCGACUCCGAGCGAGCGAUCAGCCCGUGGGGGAGGGGGAUCCGCCGAGGCGCGCGAGAAUGCAGGGCGGAUCCAGCGGCAUCGUCUACGGCGGCCUCAAGUACCAGGCGCGGUGCAUCGCGGACGUGCGCGCGGACGCCGGCUCCACCACCUUCCUCGCCGGGACCCUCAGUCUCAAGGAGGAGAACGAGGUGCACUUGAUCCGGCUGUCGCCGGGGGAGAGCGAGCUGGUGUGCGACGGCCUCUUCUACCACCCCAACGAGAUCUGGGACCUCAAAUCGUGCCCCUUCGAUCACAGGGUCUUCUCCACAGUCUACACCUCCGGUGAGGGUUAUGGCGCUGCCGUCUGGAAGAUCCCAGAGCAGCAUGGGCAGUCAAACUCACCACAGCUUGAGCAGCUCUUCGAGCUCGCUGGGCAUAUGGGCAAGUUAAGAUGUGUGCUCUGGUGGCCACUUGGAAAGCAUGAUAAGCUAAUUAGCAUUGAUGACAGAAAUAUUUUUCUUUGGAACAUAGACUCGUCAAAUAAAUCAGCUAAGGUGAUAUCACAGGGGUCGGCUGACAUGCUUCCAAAUUUACGUGGUGGAGCUUGGGAUCCACACAAUCACAAUUCAAUUGCUGCAAUAUCCGAUUCAUCACUUCACUUAUGGGAUCUCCGCUCUAUGGACAUUAUUCUCAGCAAAUCAACUGCAAUUGAACAUGCACAUAUACGGGAUGUGGAUUAUAACCCCAAGAAGCAAAACUUAAUUGCAACAACAGAAGAUGAAUUUGGAAUUCGCUUAUGGGAUCUCAGAAUGCUGAAACAUCCUCUGAAAGAUCUCCCUGGACACUCACAUUGGACAUGGACUGUUCGGCACAAUCCUGAGUAUGAUGAGCUGCUUCUGAGUGCUGGAACAGAUUCAACCGUAAAUUUAUGGUUGGCUCAAGUUAGCAGCAAUGAUUCUGGACCUGACAGCCCUAGUUCACCCAAGAGGCAAGAAGAACAAUUACUCAAUUCAUAUACUGACUAUGAAGAUAGCAUAUAUGGUACUCUCGGAUCCUUAGACAUAUUUUAUACGUUAGAAUUUCGAUAUGACAUCAGAGAGUUAACUAAAAUUGUAGGUAUUGCAUGGAGCUCCCACGACCCAUCAUUAUUCGCUUCUUUGUCUUACGAUGGAAGGGUUGUUUUGGAAUCAGUCAAGCCUUACUUGCAGAGAAAAUGAAGCUUGCCGGUCAUCUUCUGCAUUCAAACUUGUUUGUUAUUUGUAUAAUUGGUGCUGCACGGAGCUUUGCCUUGCCAUUCUGCACGCUGUUAAGAAGCAUUGAUGUGAUGAUCCAUUUGUAUUGACUGCAACAAUGCUGGUACAAUUGACAGCCAAGAAUGUUGCAGAAAUCAUCUUGGCUGAUAUCUAGUCUCUCCCUCUCGGGUGAUGCCAGCAGUGGUUGCAAAAAUGUCUGAUGUAGCUUCAGCAGGAAAGAGUACAGACAGCAUGGUCGAGAUUAUCAGCAUUUCUUUCCUGUAUCGUCAAGUUUUGUCCUGGGAUUUCCUUUUCAGUUGCUAGAAACUUGGCUGUGAAGGUCUGAUCAGUUAUGUUAGUAAUGGUUUUCUGUUUGCCAGAAUAUUGAUUCUUUGGAUUUUAUAUUAUAUAUUUGAAAAAGGCCCCAUUAUAGGAAUGCUGCUUUAUGCAAUGAACAGAGUCAGCUAUUCUAUUAACUCUUCUAUUU